CCAGGGCAUACACAAACCAAACCCCCAUCACUAAUUUAAAGCUUUCAGCUGAUUUCAUUUGUAAAUAAAUAAAAGGACUGGUCAUAACGAAAUCAGACGUUAUUGAGAAUAACUCAGAACCUAAUAUGACGUCAACUUCAAAUAUUUUAACUAUUGGAAGUGACACCUGCGAAACAUCAGAAAAAGUGCAGAAAACUAGUAACCCCGAAGCUUAUUUUGAGUUUAAGUUUGAUAAGCAUAUGCAGAAAUUACUUCUCGGCGUUAAGCCUCAAAAACCGGAUGAAACAUGCGUUGGGAGAUUUGCAGCUACUGAGACAAUGAGAAACGGAAAACAAUAUUACGAGUUUGGACCUGAUAAUUUUAAAAAUGGAUCUAUUAUAAGUGUAGUUUCAUUUAGUCCCAAAGAUAUGCUUUUACGAGUAAAGAAUCGCAUCGGUAAAGAACACUGGGUCAGCGAAAAUGUAAUUCAGUAUAAAAAAGAUUCCAUGUACUUCAUACAGGAAAUUGUUUCCGAUGCCUUGAAAGAAGAAGAAAUGGAAAUCUACCAAUUUUUAAGCUAUCUUAACAAAACUAGGUGAAAAGUGAUAUUUAUGAAACCAAUAAAGUUAUUAGAAAGUUUGGGUUAAAA